CUGUCCAAAAUCGCCCAUAAAUUCUCAAUGGGAUUCAAUUCGGGGCUUUGGGGUGACAACACCAUUGUUUUGAUCCGGGCCGAUCAGAAAAAUGCUGCUGUUUUCUGCGCAGUAUGCUUCGGGUUCUUAUCUUGCUGGAAGGUGUAGCCCUAUUUUCAGCAUAGAUUCUUCCAGGUUCUCACACAAAAUGUCGAUGUAAUCAUCGGCAGUCAUAAUACCGUUGACCUGCGCUAUGUUUCCCACCCCAGCCCACGAAGAACAGUCCUACACCAUCAUGCUUCUACCAUCGUACUUCCUAGGCGGUUGUAGAUACCGGUCCUGGAAACCUUCGUCGCUCUUCCGUCACACUUGAAGUCGUCUUUUCUUGUUAAAGAAUUCGAACUCGGUCGCUUUUUGGCGAAGUAGCUCUUCAGGUCCCGUUCCGUCAAGCGUCGUCGAAUGGUGCGAUUGGAACGGUCCAGAUUCCACCUAUCUUUAAUCACCCUAAUGGUCGUUCGUAGGUUUUUACUCACUUCCCGGAUAAUUGGCGUGUUCGUUCUUGCAUCAGUUUAAAGUUUCAGGAAAUCGCGCACAAUCAAAUUUCGGACCUGUGUUGAGAUUCUUUCAACCCAUUUUGCGGAAGCUUCCUCAGUGUCAAAAACACGUCACUACGCACGAAAAGUCGACUGCUAUGAAAAUAAUGUUUGUGUCAGAUGUAAACAACCAGCUGUCAAAACCGAAGGGUGUUUCGGUUUUUGGUUUGUCACUUGCUAUGUUUGGGAGGCCACAGAGACCGAUCGCUUUCUUCAUUUUCAGCAUUUUCGCCACAGCCACGAGUUUAUCGUUGGAGACUUGUGCACGUUCGGCUACUUUCUCGUCAUAUGAUAUAGCUGGUUACAUCGUUGGUUCGCGUUUCGGGAAGAGCCCCUCCACGAUAAUAUUUAGUUUAUUCGGACACGAUUUCACGAGUGUCAUUGGACCUUCGGAUUUUCGUCAUCAUAAUCCGGUCUCGACACAUCUCUCAAUAGCCAUCCGAUUUGCUGCAUUUGUAUAAGACGCUUCUCUCUGACUUCUUCUGUUUUCAUUCUCUGGACACACCUCCUGGCGAAGAUACAGUUAGCGCGGAGCUUGCUAAGUUUCUCAUCCCACCGGUAAGCUGCAUGUCGGUCGUUCUUUGGGCUUCUUUGGAAUGGCAGCGUUGCGCUAGAUCUAGCUAAAAAUUUCUUUACUUUAUCUGUUCGUUUUGUGGAAGCGGUUAUGUUUCUUUUUCGCUCGUAACUUCAUGUCGAUUCUAGAUCCACAGAAUUCCGAUGACCGACUCUAUACUGAGUUGCCUGAAGGUAUAUCCCCUACAACUCUCCAAUUCAUGUUUUGCGAAGCUCUUUAUUAGUGGAGAUAUUUUCGUUUUGGCUCUCUAGGAGUUUCUUGGGUCUCUCGUCGUUGAAUGUUGCGCUUUGUGGGAUAAAGAAUUUCGGGACGCGGUAUGUUUUUUGCGUUUAGAGUAACCAGUUUCGUGUCAUAUCCCAGAGUUAUACUGGGAACCAAUUUCUUCAACCAUUCCGAGGUUUGUUGAGCUUUCCAAGAAAGGACUAGGAAACCUAACUUGCAUGAGUAGUUGAAAAAUUUUAGUUUCACCAGUUAAGUUUGCUCUUUUUUGCUGAAUCUAACUGAGCCGUUGAUAGGUCAGUUGGUCGAGUCCUCCGAGAGUAUUCCAACUCUGAUCUACUCCAAGGCCUCCCUAAAGAAAAUUUCAGUUUUUUUCGCUCAUUUAACCGCUCUUGUUUCCGAGGGCAGAGAUUCUGAUUCGGUUUUUUUGAGGAAUGGUUUUUCGUCACUACUAGGUAGUCCCGAUCCACGGGGUCCAAAAACUUUAGAUCCAGUUUUUGUGGUGACCUUACUCUCGUCACUUGGCGACUCACAACGAGUCGGAGUGUUAAGGAUGGAAGAGGAGCAGGACGUCAAUCAGUAAAACAUCCUCUUCUACACUCAUAGAGCCAAUCUCUAUAAAGGUUUUCUGGCAGAGAGGUUGCCGGAACCCGAUUUUUUAUUAUUUGGAUUAUCCAUAGAAGUCUCACGAGUUGCACGGCAAAAAAUACUGACAGAGACCGAUCGCUUUCUUCAUUUUCAGCAUUUUCGCCACAGCCACGAGUUUUUCGUUGGAGACUUGUGCACGUUCGGCUACUUUCUCGUCAUAUGAUAUAGCUGGUUACAUCGUUGGUUCGCGUUUCGGGAAGAGCCCCUCCACGAUAAUAUUUAGUUUAUUCGGACACGAUUUCACGAGUGUCAUUGGACCUUCGGAUUUUCGUCAUCAUAAUCCGGUCUCGACACAUCUCUCAAUAGCCAUCCGAUUUGCUGCAUUUGUAUAAGACGCUUCUCUCUGACUUCUUCUGUUUUCAUUCUCUGGACACACCUCCUGGCGAAGAUACAGUUAGCGCGGAGCUUGCUAAGUUUCUCAUCCCACCGGUAAGCUGCAUGUCGGUCGUUCUUUGGGCUUCUUUGGAAUGGCAGCGUUGCGCUAGAUCUAGCUAAAAAUUUCUUUACUUUAUCUGUUCGUUUUGUGGAAGCGGUUAUGUUUCUUUUUCGCUCGUAACUUCAUGUCGAUUCUAGAUCCACAGAAUUCCGAUGACCGACUCUAUACUGAGUUGCCUGAAGGUAUAUCCCCUACAACUCUCCAAUUCAUGUUUUGCGUCAGCGACAGAUUACGAAAGGUGACGUCGAUUAUGGGUUCACGACUGUUCUUUCCUUCAACCCUCGUCCGAUGGUACGACAUCCAGCUUAGCCAAAGCUGCAAGGAGGUUCUGCCCUCUUACAUUUGUAUUUUGCCUUCCCACCUCACAUCCCUGGCAUUGAAGUCUACUCUGAUGCCGAUAGGCUUCCGACCAACGAGCUUUCCCGUAGCUGCAUCCAUUAUCUGAUAGAACUGUUUUAUUGACUAUCUUAGGUGUCGUAUUAGAGCUUGGCAUUUGCGCACAUGAAUGUUAUUGCGAGAUGAAAUCAUUUUUUUAACUUGCUCCUUCCACUCCAGCCAGAGACUUUUUCGAUCGAUUCAUUUCAGCCUAACAGGAUGAAGUGAAAUCGGUAUAUCCAUUACGCCUAUGAAACAUUGAUUACUCUACUGUCGUUUCCUUUCAAUUUCGAAGACAAAAGCUCUCAUCAACAAUUGAAACUCUUUUUCUAAUGGGCUAUAUUCAUUUUCAUCGUCAAAGGGUUUCAUUUUGUAUGCGAAGGAGCGCUAUUAAAAGAGGUAUAGUUGGGUAUAGUUUUACCACCAAGUUACCGCCGUCGACAACUGAUACGUUUUAAAAUGUGGUAGGCUCGUAAUGAAAUUAUGUGAAUGAGAGUGAAUUGAUGCGUAUACACUGCUCAUGAAGAUUCCAUUGAUUAUUGCCUAUCCAGUUAGCAUCAUCUGGAAGAAUACUAUAGGGCUCUGCAAUGAUUGCAACAUCGCAUUUUGUUACCGUCGUUGAUUGCUACAGCGGUUACUGCAUCGCAAUGAUUUAGGUUGAUCUGGGUUAUUUCCAUCUCCGCUGGUUGACCAUCGCCCGUUUAAAUCCUGUUUACAAAGUAUGUACCUCGGAUGAUCCAUUCAGCCGCUUGCAUCAUGAUCCUUUUCACCACAUUUUCUGCACAACUCAGAUCCGUUGAGGACACUGCAUUUUUUUGCCUAAUUCCCAAAGCCCAGACACUUGAAACAUCUUUCCACCUGUUUGGUGGUUCGAGGGGUAACUCUCAACGGCCACACUGACCACCCUGCUUUGAUUCUUUUCGUCUGUACCAAUUUGUUCGCUGCAGUAGUGCAGUAUCUAUGCAUUUCUCAGCCCAGUCUUCAUGGUGAAUUCGUCCAGGUUCUUGUACUCAAUCACAACAUAUGCUAACAUCUGCGUACUCUCAGACAGUCAAGCAGCACUUGAAGUGCUUAAUGCUUUUAAGUGCUCCUAAAAAUUGUCUGGGAAUGCAUUUGCCUUUUACGGUAACUAAGUCAGAUAAGUUCGAUACAACUGUACUAGAUUUCUGACCAUUGCGGUAUACUGAACAAGCAGAUGAACUUGCCAGCAGUGGCUCAAACUCACCCUUCAUUGGUCCAGAACCAAUUACUUGUUCGAUACUGGUACAAGUAACUUGAACAGAGUGUCUGUUCUCUGUUCACUGGAUACUUCAACUAGAGCGCUGACUGGCAUCGCCUAAAUCAGUCUUAGGCUGAUGUCACAUUAGGCGGAUUCGCCGCCGCGGAUUCCGCGAGUAAAACCGCAGCGGAUGAUCUACAGUGUAUUGUGAAUAAGCCAUGACACACAGAGCGGGGCGGUUUUGAAAGCGAAUUUAUAUCGAGAAAAAAACUGUCGCGGAAUCCGCGGCGGCGAAUCCGCCUAAUGUGACAUCAGUCUUAAUACCGAAAGCGAAAAACGUAAGCUUCAUCAUCUUGAUCAAGGCGCCUAGAAGUAUAUCCUAAGGUGCGCCAACUUGCUAAAACCACUCUUCAGCCAUCUUGGAAGUCUACUUAGUGAUCCCCGAUAAUCGUUCGAUUUAUCGAUUAAUCGAAUACUUCAUACAGAAAUCGAUUAUUAAUCAAACGAAUACUGCGCAACCAAUAAUCGAAGCGAACGAAUAAUUUACGUCGAUUAAUCGAUCCAAGCUCAUGGAAAAAAACGUACGGUUGCUGCAGUUUUAUCCUGAAAAUCAGUCGUUAUCCUUGACGCUCCCCUAAACUCGUCAAUGAAGCUCAAUGCCCUGACGAGUUUAGGGGAGCGUAAAGGAUAAUAAUUGAUUUUCAGGCGUAAUGAAAACUUUUUUGAUUCCAGAUGUCUUUCUAGCAAAUUAGAAAUAUUAGUCUAACUAAUUAUUUCUCUCAGUGUGACGAUUAAUCGAUUAAUCGAUUAUUUGAGGCGAUUAAUCGUAUCGAAUAACAAACUGCUGAAAAGUAUUCGAUUAGCUGAAGAACGAUUAAUUUCAAAAAUCGGGGAUCACUAAGUCUACUGUGUUUUGUUUGUAAACAAAACACAAUAGGCUUGUCCCCAAGCUCGCUUGCGAUCAGUCUGUCUCUUUCACGCUUCAAGCAAAUAAUUCCCCUUCUGUUUUCUUCCGUGCUGUUUUCAUGUACCAGUUCCCUAAGCAACUUAGUGUCGAAACGGCCUCACUUUAGGAUAUACUUCUUGGCGCCUUGAUCCUGAUAAGGCUAUUAUGGAGCCCAAGGAGGUGUGGUUUGUGUCGCCGAUCAGGAUUAUAAAUUCCAUCAAACUGGACUCCAACAAUGGGAUGAUCGGCGGUCUGCAAGCGGAAUUCGGUGGUCCUCCGUCGUCCCAGCUGAUGACAACGCCGAUGAUGGCCACGGGCAGCGGUAGUGGCGGCACCCCGAACGGAGUGAGUCUGCAUCCGACACCGCCCGGAGUUCACCACCAUCCGGGUCCACCCGGUGGUCAUUUACAUCCACCGCUGCCACCCCAACAACAGCAGCAACAACAGCAGCAGCUUCAACAACAGCAGAUGGGUGGACGCUCGGGUGGAACGGCUCGAGAGCGGGCAAUGCACGCCGUUGAGUACUACAACAGCAAUGUGCUGCGAGCAAGGGUUGGCGCAGGAUUAGCUGGACCGAGGAAUUCCGUCCACGAACGGUAUCCGUACGUUCAGCGUCACCUGGGAUCCAACAUCGGCGGGAAACUGGCACCCCCGAGCUCGGAUAACCUCUACCGAAGCAAUUCGAGUUUGGAACUGAUCCACGAUCACAGUGGAAACCACGACGGGAUGCAUCCAGGGGGUACGAACCUCAGGCGGGAGUACGGCAGUCAUGGAUCGAUCGAUGUGAUCUCUUCGGACCGACACCACGUUACGCCGACGACCGGCGAGAGCUUCCUUGCGAUGUUGCAGGAGUACAGACCGGCGGUGUUUGGAAUGGAGCAUCCCCAUAACCACCCAGGUCAUCAUGGUCAUCACGAUGGUCGUAAUGGGAGCGGUUUGAUGUGCUCCUCCGGUGAGGAUAGUUUGGAUCGCGGUAAUGCGAGUCCCAAGCUGAGAAUGAAAUUCAACAGAUUGUGGUCCUCAUCAGGUGGACAUGGAGGGGGAGCAACAGGUGGGGGAAAACCGGGACGUGGACAAACACAGAGUGCAUCUUUGGAUGAGGCAACCAUCAGUCCCAACAUAUCGGUGCUAUCGAAUGUGAGCACAACGUCAACCACAACCACCGUUUCAUCGGCCGAUAUCGAGGAACGGCAGCGAAGACGAGCCUUCGCUCAUUUCGACUGUCAAUCGUUGACCGCCAAUUUGGGGUACGCAGCGAAGCUGCGGGGAUUGCUUCUGGCUAGAAGACGUAAUACAACCACCGGUGCGUCUGCGGCUGCUACCUAUGGAACAAGAUCUUCCACACCGGAUGGGGAUAGCGUUGAUGAAGACUACGGCGAUGGACAAGGGAACGAACUGCUGGAGAGUUGCCCCUUCUUCCGAAACGAAAUCGGUGGUGAGGAAGAGCGCGAAGUUAGCCUCACGCGGAUGCAAAGUACACUUCCGAUCGGUCAGCAGCGUCGAGCCAUUCAUCGACCAGUGCUAGCCUACGGAGUCUCAGUGCUCGAGUGCGGCGUCAACGAAACCCUGUGGAAGGCGAACACUUGCCCGUACCAGAAGGGUUCUCGCCCGAUCGAACAGAUAGACAACGGAGCUCUCUACUACCGACAGCACUUCUUCGGUCAGGAGCACCAGAACUGGUUUGGAAUGGACGAACAACUUGGACCGGUCGCUAUAUCUAUCAAGAAGGAAAAACUCCCUCCCAGUGCGACUCCAACGCUUGCCAUCCACGGAACGGAUGUUGCUUCCACCGCCAACCAAACCCAGCAGCAUCUGUACCGGUUGAUAGUCCGAACGUCGGAGCUGUUGACGCUGCGCGGGUCCGUCAUCGAGGAUUCGAUUCCGAACCCUCGCGGACCCGGCAAACAUGUUAGUACCAAAGAAAUUCUGGAAUACGUAGCGCCAGAAGUACAAAUCAACUGUUUGAGGUUAGGUAUCUCGACACCCCAGUGCGAACAGCAGCUCCUCAAGCUGGACGAGCAGGGACUGACCAACAAAUACAAGGUUGGGAUCCUCUACUGUCGCGCUGGGCAGUCCUCCGAGGAGGACAUGUACAACAACGAGGAUGCGGGACCCGCCUUCAAUGAGUUUUUGGACACCAUCGGAAAACGCAUCCGGCUGAAGGGUUUCGAACACUACAAGGCUGGACUGGACAACAAAACGGACUCAACGGGAACGCAUUCGCUGUACGCCGCGCACCAGGAGUGCGAGGUUAUGUUCCACGUGUCCACCAUGCUUCCGUUCACCCCGAACAACAGGCAGCAACUGCUACGCAAGCGUCACAUCGGCAAUGACAUCGUGACUGUUGUGUUUCAAGAACCGGGAGCCCUUCCGUUCACCCCAAAGAACAUCCGCAGCCAGUUUCAGCAUGUGUUCAUAAUCGUUCGCGCCGUCAACCCUUGCACCGAUCACACCCAGUAUCGGGUGGCGGUGUCCCGUUCGAAGGAGGUUCCGGUGUUCGGUCCACCUGUUCGGCCAAGUGCUCUGUAUGCCAAAGGAAAACAUUUCGCAGACUUUCUGCUGUCGAAGGUCAUCAAUGCGGAAAAUGCGGCACAUCGUUCGGAGAAGUUUGCCACAAUGGCCACUCGGACGAGGCAAGAGUAUUUGAAGGACCUCACCGGCAACUUCUGCAGUGCCACGUUGGUCGAUACGGGUCAGAAGUUUUCCAUUUUCCCCAGCAAGAAGCGGGAGAGAAGCAAACCCAGAUUCUCGGGAGAUCUAACGCAGAGGGGAGCCUUCUGCUGGCAGGUCGUUCUGCACGAUAGUGGCCAAUCAACGCAGGUGGAUUGUUUCCUGGGGAUUUCGGCGGAAACAUUUGUGCUGAUUGAGGAGUGCUCGAGACAGAUAAUUUUUGUCACGCCCUGCAAGGCGAUUCUUGGAUGGUCUACCAGCCAAAAUUCGCUGCGAGUUUACUAUCAUCAGGGUGAGUGUGUAACGUUGAAUAUGCGCGAUACUGGCGAUCGGGACGAACAGCUGGAGGUAAUCGAGCGAUUACGGGCAGUGACGAAUGGUUGCGGAGCUCUGGAGCUGAGCCUACGGAGAAACCCGAUGGGGCAGCUUGGAUUCCACGUGCAGCCGGAUGGAGUUGUGACGCAGGUGGAAAUCUCCGGCCAAGCGUGGACGGCCGGAUUGAGACAGGGGUACAGACUUGUCGAGAUUUGUAAGGUAGCGGUCGCUACUUUGUCCCACGACCAGAUGGUGGAUUUGUUGAAGACUUCGGCCCAAGUUACGGUGACAGUGAUUGAAUCAUUCGCCGAUUUUAGUCCCCGCAGGGGCUGCUUUCUACAAAACUGUCGAUUCAACUCGAUUAACUACGAAAAUGAUUACGAGAGUGUACCCGAGCGGGCUGACAAGAAUGGCAAGAAACAUUUGCCAAGCGCUCAGUUGCAGUCUGCGAAUCAUCGCAGGAGGUAUGAGCGGAAUUUCUCCCCUCCAAGAUCGAGCAAUAGCUCGGGAUACGGCACUGGCAGUAGUAGUAGAUCUUUCACCGCUCCGAAUCCUAACGGAGCACAACCAAAUGACCACCACCGUUACGUCCCUGAUAUGGGAACACUAACCAGCUCCUCCAGCGGCCAUUCUUCCAAUGACGAACGAUGGUACGAUAUCCUGGAUCCACCGCAGGAAGCCCCAGCUUCAGCUGGGCCACCUCUCCCAGAACCAAAUAACUAUAACCACCCGAAGCUAACGGCCUCCAGCAACUCGCUGCCACUGGCAGGCGGCAACCCACGGCCGCUUUCUCUACACAACGAUUCCCGGCAGCAGUUGAGCGGUGGUAAUCCUAACGCCAACGCUAACAUUGCCCUGCUCAAGCGACUAAUCAUCAGUGACGGUGGCAACAGUCACGAGAGCAGUCCCACCGAACCUCUCUACAGCAGCUCGAUGAAGAACUUGGCUAAUCAUCAUCACCUCAGCGCCACCGAGGAGGAAGACCUAUCCCGACACAAUUCACCGCAGCUCAAGCGCUCUGCCACAACCACCAACAUUUACGGAAUCAACGGCGCCGGCAAGCGGCAGGGCGCCAACGGCCCUCUCAGCUCGAGCAGUACAUCCAGCUCACGUAACAACAGUCCUCGUCCGAACAACGGACCAGGGGACGCUAAAUUGCGGUCCAAAAAUCAAGCUCCCCAACGCAACAGCGUCAACUACACCGGCAACUCUCUCCAGGAAGACCUCAUGAAGCUAAUCAACCCGGAUUACAUUGCAGCCGCGUCCAGCGACGAUAACUUCAACGCUGGGUCGCUGGAGAAAAUGCAGAAGGGGCUCCCGAAUAGCCACAGUCUGGGGAACAUUUCCUCCCUAACCUCGGGCGGACUGAAACCGAUCCAACAGUUCUCGCAGAAGUCUCGCUCGCGCGAGGGAAUCAAUCUGGGAUCGCCGAACAACCUGAAGGUGGCAGCAGCCAAAAGCAACGGCAACGUACCGUCGUCAAAUCAAUCCGAGCCCGAGUCGCUGUCGGAAGUAAUAUUCACCACAGCACGACCCGCCACGGUAAUAUCUUCCACCACGAGCAAUUGUUCCAGUCCGGCCAGCGAGCUGAACAACAAUGCCAACGGGAGCAAUAGGCAGCAGCAGCACCAGCUACAUAUCAACGAGGAUCAUCUGAAAAUGUCGCCCAGCAGGAAACAGCAAAUGAUAGCCGCUGCGGGAGGUAUUUUGAAGGGCACUAUGACGAUGACGAAUGGUGGUGGGGCUGGUGGACCACCACCACCACCAGCAGCAGCCGGCGGCGGAAAGAUUCCGUUGCCCGAUAUGAAGGAGAUGGACUGGAGCAGCCUGGUGGAUACGGCGACCAAAGCGAUGACGCAGCUCACCGAAUCUGCUUCAAAAUCGUCACACCCACAAGCGAAUGUCUACUACGAUGACAUAAAUCAAGUCUUGAAUGGAGUGGUGCAACAGCAGCAACAUCUCUUGCAACAGCAUCAGCAACACCAGCAACAACAACAACAUAAUCAUCAUCAACAACAACAACAACAUCAACAACAGCAACAUUUCCACCAUCUUCCAACCCACCAAAACGGCAAUGGAACGCCAACCCUCUCCGACCUUUCGACCACACCAAGCUCGGUUUCACCUGUGUCAACCGGUAGUGGAAGCACGGCAAACAGCGCUCAGCUAGCUACUACUAUGCAGAAUAGUUCCAGCCUGCCGGAGCUCCAGACCCAGGUGACCCAACUGUCGGAUCGUGUCCUGCGAGAGCAGCGCCGGCGACGUUCCCUCGAGCACGCUGUACGACGAUUGACCGAAGAAAACCGACGUCUGCAGGACGAAAGCCAAGCGGCUGUGCAGCAGCUGAGAAGAUUCACCGAGUGGUUCUUCCAAACCAUCGAUCGGCAAUCUUAACAAAAUCAUAUCUAAAACACAGGUCCCUAAGCGUGCUUAGCCCCAAUAGCGUCUUCCAAAGUUAUUCACCUCUCAACGAUAGAAGCAAUCAUCGCACCCAUAUCUUGUUAACAAUGCAUAUUCCAAUUGUUUUUUUUUCCAAAUGCGAUCAAACUGACGAAGGAAGCCUUUCUUUUUAAUCACAAACGAAGAAUAGUAAUCGAUAAGUUUUGUAUCUCUUAAGCGACCAAAAAUAUAUUUAGUAAGUGAAUAUAAAUCGUAAUUAAAACAACAUUAAGCAACAUGCAAACACCAAUAUUAAAUAUGCCAAUAUACACUCCAGUCUCACUGGAUCGUUAGAUCGGAUUACAUAUUUAUACACCCCGUUUUUUGCGAAUUCUACGAAGAAUCACAUUUAAAAGUAUGUAGACGAAUUUAAGACAUCUUCUAUCGACAGUAGUAGUUCAAACGUAAUACUUUGUAGGAAUCGAACUUACACAGAGUGGAAACAUACCAAAUAAAAUCUAUAGUAGAGAGUUCGCUUGUAAAUCUGUUAGUUUCUAAGUUUAAUUAAAUGUGUAUUAUUAGUUGCUAUUAUUACUAGGUAAGGUCGUUGUUAAAUUCCAUCGAAACAGUUACGGAACUGUCCUUUCAUUUUUUUUUCUCUCGCUACAUCCUCUCAUUGAAAAUAUUAUUUUAACUCUUCUAAGAUACUUAAAUGCUUGAAAAUCAUUAUAGUUAUGACCUGGUUAGAUUUAGUUACAUUUAAGUUAGGACUUAAAAACUUAUCCUGUUGUGUUUGAUAAACAAUUCAAACGAUGAACGGUUGAAGUGAAAGAACAAAACAUGCAAUCAACACAGAACCGCAUACAGGUUAAUCCAGAUAUAAUCACGUGUUGGAAUGUAGCAAACGAAGUUAUUAUAUACAUUUAUAUAUACAUACAUAUAUACACACAAGUUCACAAUACAAAUCAAGCAACACUGAAUCACUUAUUGAAACAUGAAAAUAUACGUUAAACAUUGAA